CAGCAAAAGUAUUACACGCGUCAGCACUCCCUCCCUCCAAAUAUUCGGUAACCGGUGGGUUGGUUCUGUUUAACUAACUUGCAUUUUGUAACUUACUGUGCGCGGCCCCGAAGACGGACUCGGUUGGACUGAAAUACGACGCCCGCACAAGGGCAGGACUUAAUGCGCCUCCGCUCUCCGGCUGUUUCGCAUUCACGGACGCGCAUUGACUGACAACCCUUCGCAGUAGCGCGAUGUGAUGGGGGGAAAGGGGGUGGGGGGCCCGCGGACGGCGUAGUCUGUACAGUGUGGUACAGUAAACGGGAUUAAAGUGCUAAAAGCUGCCGAAUAACAUCGGCGGGCGGGUCCAUGCGGAUGCGCGGCGUGUGGAUGCCGACGCGUGCAGCCGGGCUGGGGUUUGCGGUGCGAGCAAAAUCCAACGGGAAAACUGCAUUAAAAAUAUGCAUUUUUAGAGCGCAGACGUUGAGCCUCUCUCCCUAAAUGCAUGUGAUGACGAGAGGUAGUGCGAGGAGGGGGGAAGCAAGAUGAAUAAAUAAAAAUAUUGCAGGGUAGUUCAAUGGACUCAUAAAACUAGCUUUAGUCAAAGUUCAGGGGUGGGAAAAAAACAAGGGGAAAGUGCGGAGCAAUGGAGAACCAGGCGCCGGAGCAGCAGAGCCCCGAUGACGUGCGGAAGAGCGGCUACCUCCGCAAGCAGAAAUCCAUGCACCGGCGCUACUUCGUCCUGCGAGCGGCCUCGGAGCGCGGCCCGGCCCGGCUCGAGUACUACGAGAGCGAGAAGAAGUUCCGCGCCAAGGCGCCCGUCCCGAAGCGCUCCGUCAGCCUGGAGACGUGCUUCAACAUCAACAAGCGGGCCGACGCCAAGAACAAGUACAUGAUCGUGCUCUACACACGGGCGGAGAGCUUCGCCGUCGCCGCGGAGAGCGAGUCGGACCAGGGCGAGUGGUUCCAGGCCAUGCUGGACCUCCAGUGCAAAAGCAAGGCCCCUGGAGACAGUGGCAGCGGGGGGGACUAUGGGGUCCCAUCACCAGGCCCUGCCUUCAAGGAGGUGUGGCAGGUGAAGGUUUGGCCCAAAGGCCUGGGUCAGGCGAAAAACCUGGUGGGCGUCUAUCGGCUGUGCCUAACGGAGAAGACGGUGAGCUUCGUGAAGCUGAACUCUGAUGCCGCCGCCGUGGUGCUGCAGCUGAUGAACGUGCGGCGCUGUGGACACUCGGAGAACUUCUUCUUCGUGGAGGUGGGCCGCUCGGCCAUGACGGGCCCCGGCGAGUUCUGGAUGCAGGUGGAUGACUCGGUGGUGGCGCAGAACAUGCACGAGACGCUGCUGGAGGCCAUGAAGGCCCUGAGCGAGGAGUUCCGGCAGCGCAGCAAGUCGCAGUCGGCCGCCGCAUCUGGAGGGGGUGGCGGCACCGCAUCCAACCCCAUCAGCGUCCCAUCUCGCCGGCACCACCCAAACCCGCCUCCCAGCCAGGUGGGCUUCACCCGCCGGCCGCGGACUGAGCCUCCGGGCCCGGCAGGGGGGGGCGGUGGUGCCAAUGCCUCCCCCACGGCCCGGCAUGGCUUCAUCCGACUGCGUACAGCCAGCGACGGAGGCGGGAAGGCGGAGGAGGGCGCCCUGGCCCUGGGGCCCGGGUCCAGCCCCAAUGGGUCCUGCUCGGGGACUCCCAUCCUCAGGUCCAAAUCGGCUCGCUCCGCCACCCCCAGCAAGAACCCGGCAGGCCUGAUGCGGUCCAUCUCAACACCCACGCCUUCGGCAGGACCCAGCCUCUCCUCCAGCACGGGUCACGGGUCUGAAUUUGGGCUGGCGGUCGGAGCCGGGGGGGUGCAGGCGGCUGGCUUUGCGCGCGCCCCCAACUCCGCAUCUGUCUCCGGCUCCCCCAGCGACUACGGCUCGUCAGACGAGUACGGCUCGAGCCCCGGCGAGCACGCGGAGCUGGCCGGAGGCUCCGUGGGGAGCCUGGGUGACGAAGCCUCCAACUACAUCCUGAUGGGCCAGCGGGGGGCCCCAUGGGGCCAGGGACGCCGCGUGUUGCGGCGCUCCUCCAGCCGCGAGAGUGAGACAGAGCGGCGGGCGCUCAGCAAGCGGGCCUCACUGCCCCCCAUGGCGCUGGAGCGCGGCGGCUCACGGCGGGGGGCGGCCAGCGAGGCCGAGGCCGACGAGGACUAUGCCAUGAUGUCCCGCAGUGCCAGCCGCGAGUCCUUCAGCUCACGCCGGGACUCGGCCAGCGGGGGGGCGGGCGGCAGCGGCUACCUGGAUGUCGCCGGGGAGCAGAAAGAGAAGGAGGACGCGAGGGGGGGCGUGGGCGUGGACAAUGGCUACAUGUCCAUGCUGCCCGGUGUGACUGCGGCUUCACCCGCCUCCCUGUCCAGCUCGCUGUCGGCAGCUGCCUCGGACCCGGACUCCAAACCCGCCGACGACUACAUGGCCAUGACACCCAGCGGCAGCGUAUCCCCCCCGCAGCGCAUCCGGCCCCCCCUCGCUGGCUCCGAUGGCUACAUGGUGAUGUCGCCGCACAGCAGCUGCUCGCCGGACGGCCGCGGCGGGAUGGGAGGGGCCUGGAUGGGCGGCGGCAGCGCUGACAGCCGGCCAGGCAGCGACUACAUGAACAUGUCGCCUAUCAGCACCCCCCCGCCAGCCCAGGAGCACCAGCAGCAGCCCCCUCCCAAGAUGGUGUACUCGUAUUACUCUCUGCCGCGCUCUUACAAGCACACGCCGGCGGCAAAGUCGGAGGAGGACGCCGGGCGUGGCAGGAAGCCGUGUGCUGGCAGGGGGGGCGGCUGCCCCGGGCCGCAGGAGCACGGGGCUGCGGGGGGGCCCCCUGCCACUGCCCGCCACCUUUCCCUCUCCUCCUCCUCAUACUCAUCCAGCUCGGCCAGCAGUGAGAGCCUGGGAGAGCCGGAGGACAGGGGGGGCUCCCAGCCUGGCACCCGCUCCAAAGAGGGGGCCCUCCAGCAGAGACGGGCAUCCGGGGGUCAGAAGCAGGGCCUGCAGCACCGGGGUCGGCCCGUCAGCCUUUUCGUGGACGUGUCCAAAGCCAGUACCUUGCCGCGGGUGCGAGAGAGUCCCUGUUCCGUGGAGCCCCGCAGCCCGGGGGAGUAUGUCAGCAUUGAAUUCAGGGCAGAGCGGGUCGGGGGAGGGAGGUUGGGCGUUGGGCCACCACUCCCAUGUGGGGCCCCCCGGGGCUCACAGCGACCCAUCUCCUGCCUGGCGGGCUUCCAGGCCACCCCCCAGAGCCCUGCCACCGCCCCCCCGGCCGCCUCCGAGUAUGUCAACAUGGAGCUUGGUCCCUCCCCCUCCCCCUCCCCCUCCCCUGUGUCUCUUACCCCACAUGGCUUCCUCCCCUACCCGACCCCUCCUGCUCCCCCAGUUGUAGCCCCAAAGGUGAUGGAUGAAUGCCGGCCCCCUGCCCCAGAGGAGGACAGCGAGGGGGGGCCCAGUGGGCCGCAUAGGACGCCGCAGACAGAGGGCGCCACUGGCCCUGAGCCGCCCAGCGCCUUCACAGAUUACACGGAGAUGUUCUUCGGAUCGAGCGCACCUGCCGACACCGAACCGGGUUCCGGUACCACAGCCCGCGCCCCUUCCCCUGCCAUCCCUGAACCCGCCGAGCGCAGUUUGGGCCUGGGGCUCGACUUCUCUUUGCCCAAAGUGGGCAGCAACCCGGAUCAGGGGGCCAAGGUGAUCCGUGCCGACCCGCAAGGCCGAAGGCGCCACUGCUCCGAGACCUUCCUGCCACCCCCCCCACCCCCCUCCUCCUCUUCUUCCUCUUCCUCCUCAUCUUCUCUCUUCCACGAGCAUGCUCAUCCAGCGACACGGCGGUUCGGCCUGGAGGCCGCGCUGCGGGGUGCCGAGGGCCCCGCUCAGUGUAGUGUUGUCAGCAUCGCCACGCCCCCUGGGGGCAGUCAAGCGUCAUCUGGGGAGCAAGGCUUGAACUACAUAGACCUGGACUUGGCCAAUAAGGAGAACUCGCACCCUGCUCUGGAUGGGUCUGGCUCCGGCCAGCCCCUGCCCCCCCGCCUCUACUCAUCCGGCCUGAGCGUGGCAGCGGGGGGAGCAGUGGGAGGGGGCGGAGGCAGCAGCAACGGGCCGGCAAACCUCAACACCUACGCCAGCAUCGACUUCUACCGAUCCGAGGAACUGAGGAGCCAUCAAGGCGGUGGCCGUGAUGGCACAGAAUGCUGACGGCCCUCCUCCCGUCCUUGGAAUUUUGGGAAACCGGAGUCCCCAGGGGAACCUCGGCCUCCAGGCUGCUAUCGUGACGUCCGCCGCAGCGGAGGCAUCGGAUGCCGGAACGCCGGGACUGGGACGCGCCGGCGAAGCACUUUAUGAAACACAGUUCUCAGUCAACUCCUGGUAUGUUUCGCCCCUGUGAUCAGCGGGACCUCGUGCCAAAAGACCCGUCUGCCAUUUCAAUCAUGUAAUGGGAAGCCCUACAGCCAUCAGAAUCGCAUACUGGGACCUACUGCCAACUGGGAGCCCUGACGUAUUUCCUUUAUCCUUAGCGGGGGCUGAAAUUGAGCGGCAACUCGUCGCAAUGGACACUGGGAAGGAGAUUUAACCUUUUGUAAAUGUCGCGUGUGUCCUGCUUGGAAACAAAAAGUGCCUCAUUUUUGAUUGUAAGCGUCCUGCAAAGUAGCCAGCGUCUUCACUUGAGUACGAGUAAGACGGUACAAAACAACAUGAACGGAGACCUUCUGGGGGAGACCUUCUGGGGGACGGCAGGCAGGCCAACAGGAGACCUGGUUUUCUUUGUGAAAUCCAUUCCCACGUGCGCCCCUCCCCACACACACACGCCACCAUGACGACCUCCUGCACGCAGAUGCACUCGCGUAUCCUCAGAGCAGCCUCACAGCACUACCUGAUACAUACAUACACCCGCACGCGCAGACGCACAUGCAGACGUAUGCGUAGACGGCCGCCGGUCUGCAAGGCUGGCUCCGCUGCCGGGGUGCCCCGCUCACUCGCGGUCGUCAUGGUGACGCGCGGGCAGCUUGCGGCACCGGCAGGCCGCCGCUGCAGAGUCCCAAAUCCCAUUAAAAGAUCAUUACGGCCACUGCUCCAGUUGGCCCGUGACGGACAGCAGUCAGGUGGGGAGCUCCGGGAUGGUGCUGGGGGUGUAUUCCUGCCCAGCCCUCCCUGACCUCUUGCCCCCCCCCCCCCCCGUGCAGGGAUAACAUGGUGGGGGGCUGGUAUCAGCUGUUGUAGGUUUCACUGUCCCUCAGCUCUCUCUUGCCAUGCUAGAAAACGUAGCAAUUCACCCCCCAUGCAUGCCCUGGGGGGGGGGGGCUGAGUGCCUGACUUUUCUGCCCUUGUGCAGCCCUACCUGGUACAUCCAUCCUGCUUGCAUUUGUCUCUUUGCCUUGGUCCGUUUUCCGCCUCAUUUUCCUGCCUACCACCCCCCCCCCCCAACCCAAGCCUCAUAAGCCCACCUACAACUGCCUCUUCCGCCUCCCCAGCUUUGUUAUGGUGAGCCUAAUUGGUGAGGGAGGCAAGGCAACAUGCGAGCUAGGGGUGGAAUGGAAGGUGGUGGGCGGAGCUAAGGCCACGCGCUUAGACCAAUCAGAACACGAGCCAAACAGCAGUCGCCGUGUGAUUUGACAGUAUCGCGGCAGGCUGUCAUGCUGCUUCAGAGACCCAUUUGUGUCUCACACUUUCACACUGGGGUUACUACCUUAAACCUCAUAUUUUAAAGAUCAAAUCGAUUGUUAAAGUGACCGUCCCACCCCACAACAUCCCUGGGGUCCCAGUGACGCCUCAGUGUUACAGUGCUGGUUAAUAUUUCAUCAGUAUUGCCAGAUUUUUUUUUUCUAUUUUUUCAUUUCUCUCUUUUUUUUUUCUAGAUGUAAUUGAUAAAUGAUAGGUACAGUAUUGGGGAAAAGUACAAAUUAGUAAAUAUGUGUCUGUUCUUUUUGUGUACUUUUGACUGGUGUGUGUAUAUGUAUGUAUAUAAAAUGCCUUAGAGACGAUUGUGUGUUUUCUCACCACAAAGCUGCUGGAAUCUGAGUUUGAGAGUCUCGUGUGAAUAUUAGCAGAGAGCACACAUUGUCACACUGAUGGCAGCGUGCGAAUCGCCCCCCCUGCCACCACUCGCCGCUCACCUUUCUCCUGUUGUCACAGCGAUGUGCUUUUUAAUUUUUUUUCCCACCAACGGUACAGUCAGUAAUUUGCAAACGGUUCCCGAAAAGCUGUGGUGUGCUGGGGACAGGGCACCCCCCCCUGGGACGACCCGAUUGACCUGCUGGGUCCACUGCCUUGGGUGGAGCUAUCUUUAAUUUCACUGGAAUCGUUACAUCAUACAAGAUGAGAGUCAAAUACUGACAAUACAAAUUGGGGAGGGGGGGGGACUGUAUUUAGGCCAUAAGGAGCAUUUUAUGUCUGAGUUAUAGAGUUAUUAGGUGGUUUAUUUGGGUGAGUAGGUGGGGGAGGGGGGCAUGGGGAUUAUUUUGGAUUGUUUAAAAUAGAAAUGUUCCAUGAGAUCAUGCUUACCUGCUCUGUAGAAAUCGCUCUGUCCCUCGGAAAACAAAAAUGGACAGAAGACGAGGAAAUGGAACUGAAACACACCAGUCUGAGUCCUUAAAGCACAAACGUCCGGUCUGACAAGACUGGAGUGGGUCAUUACGGAUAGACCCCCCCCCCAACCUUGUCCUGAGAAUGCCGAGGAGCAGGCCAUAGUAGACCGGAAGGGGCUGGGCCAUGCAGACCUGUGUCCCAAGGACGACGCGGAUGGACACAGAUGUGCGGACUUAAGGAGCCAGAGGGCCUGGGGGUGACGGUUUCCUUGGAGAUGCUGUUAAAAAUGCCGAAUGAGUAUGUGCGGAGUGUUUGAGAAACCAAAAUGGCAUUAAAAAGAGAAAAAAAACACAUAAUUGUUACCCUCAGUGAAUACGUAAAUGCUUCUAAAUAAAACUCUAUUUAUUUAAGUUUAUGUUAAGCUGCAGAACAUGUUGAGGCAGCCGUAGCUGGAGGCCAGAACAAGGCUUUUCAUGGGGAAGAAGAUCCGUCAGUGUAAUAGAGGUAAUUGAGAUAUAUCAACUGAUCCAGACAUCAUGUAUGGAAUUCGUCCAGAUAUAUCAUACUUACAAAAAUUUACCACUGAAAGUGACUGGGAUUAACUAAAACAUACACUAGAAUACUUGUGUGAGGUCUGUAAAACAGUACAGUAAAAUCCCGUUAUAGUGGAAUAUCGUCUAUAACGGACGAGGUCUGCUGGUCCCGGCCGUGCGCCUUUAAGAACAUGCAGAAAAAGCAUCGGAUAUAGCGGACUUUGGAUAUAAAGGACUAUUUCGCCAGGUCCGUUGAAGUCCGUUAUAACUGGAUUUUACUGUAUUAAAUAUCUGUUGUGUCUGUUCCAUUUCCCAGAAGACUCAUGUUCUCAGCUUGUUGUGCAAAACCAGUUUAUCUAUGGGAGUGAAUGUUUCCUGUAACGUAUGUGAGGAUACCCAGGGGUAGGAGGCCAGGUUCUGCUUCCACACGGCUAGGUGGGCACUAUUCCCCUACCAUCACAAAGGUCAAUUGAUCACCAGUCAACAAAUCAAUCCAUUUCCAGUGACUGCUUAUCCAGAUAAGGUCAGUGAUCCAAAGUCUGUCCCAGGAAGCAGGGCGGUUCAUAGAAAUGUGGGCCUUCCUGGAACAAUAUCUUAGGCCUCAGUGGGUCUUGCUUGGGCCACUGACAUUAGAUUGUCUGCCUUCUCAGGCCAUGAUUUUUGAACAGGAAAUGUGCAAGAAUUUGGGGACGUUCACAUGACAUGGAUAUACCGAGUCAUUAACCCCAAAGCCUUUCUGCCACGAUCAGAUUUUCCAGGUUCAGAGACUGUGGUGUGAUUCAGACGCUGGAGGUAGGGCUAUCAUGGGGGGGGGGGUUGUCUCUCUUCCACUGGGAUUAUGGGGUCUCUGAGUGCACCUCGAUCUCACCCACCGCGAUGGCGUGGCCUGACACCGGCUCUGCUCUUCAGGCGGUCGCCAUGGAGACACAGAGACAAACUCCCCAUUGAGCGGUGGGAGGCCAGAGGGGCCGAUGAAGCGUCGGCGUGGCGACCACACUCUGAGAUAGAGCCAGAGCAGGGUGGAGGUUGCGGGGGGGGGGGAGGACACAGAGUGCAGAUGGACUGGAAGCUAUACGAGAGAGUGAUGCCACACAUCGGAUUAGCGAAACACCUGCUUAACGAAAGAGUGAUGACAGGCACAGCUGUCCGGCAAAAGGGUGACGUCCCUGAGCAGAUGGCCAACCAGUAGGGGGCGCAAGAUGGGGGCAGAAUAUGAAAGAGGUGCCCCAGGUACAGGGGCAGGAUGGGGUUCCUGAGGUUCCAACACACACACACA